AUGUCGAGUCUGCGACUGAUCCUUAGCUCGCUGUUCCUUAGCGUUGUAAACGAAGACCAAGUAACUUUCGACCCUAAGCCGAACCAAUUCGUGUUAGGGAGCACAGGACGUUUCGCCUUUGCUGGUAUGAAGCUAGACCGCUUGCGUGACUACUCUGAACCCCCAUGUGGCCUAGAUGCUGUCCUUACAUUGAACGGUAUAACUCGCAAUCUCACGUUAGUGUCAGAUCAAGGGAAUACUGCCAUCACAUACUCGGUAGACGGAGGCUGGCCACCCCCAGGUUCAACCACCAAUGAGAUAGCAUAUGCGAAGUCAGGAAAAACACCUGGGCAAACAUUCACGGAUGAGAUCAAGUGGCUAGGAAAGAUCCACCAGCUAUUUGCCAACGGGAGCUUCAAUAAUCGCAACUGGAUAGUCUUCCAAGGGGUUGCAAACAAAGUCCACAUCACCGCCACCACCUACUUUGCGACUGUUUUACUCCCGUACCUCCUCCAAGGGAAUGUCGACGCAUGCAAGACCCAGUUUAAAAACAACAAGAUUCCGUUGAUUGUUGCACAAGCGAAGUACUAUGUCGAUACCUUUCAAGUCCUCCAUACUGACCUACAGCCUGGUAACAUUCUGUGGGACAUGCAAGCGACGGCGCCUACUCUCAUUGACUGGGGUUCUGCCAAAGAAGUCUUGACGUGGACCAUAGCUGUGGCAGCUGAAGUAACAGCCCAAGUCGAAUUUUCUCAUUUAACAGGCUCUGAGAGGAUUUGCGUUAGCCUCGCCUAA